AUGGCGGCGUCUGGCUUUGACAUGAAGAUGACCAGCUGUGAGACUCGCAUUAUGUGUCAGCAGAACGCAGAGGCCAAAUCCCCCGAGACCCCCUGCUCCUCACCAUCGAUUAUCACUGCGUUACACCGACACAGACACGGACAGAUAGAGUGCAGCUACCGCAUCUGUCCUCCUGAUAAGCCCGGCGAGCUAACCCAGCCCGCCUCGGCGCACUCACCCCUCCGCGGACGUCAAGAGCAACCUCCCGACAAACGAGGAAAUGAGCAGGUGACCCCCAAGGCGCCCUGA